AGAAUUUAAACGUCAAAGUCAAAUUGACGUAUCCGCUGUCAUUUUGAUGUUUCUUUGAUUUGAAAGGGCUUUGAGACGAAGGUUUUACAAUUUUUUAUUAAGCGAAAUUGUCUACCAUUUAUCUGAAAAUUAUUUUUUUCAAAAUGCCUUUACCACCAGCGUUAGCUGCAAGAUUGGCAAAGCGUGGUAUUCUCAAAGGAAGCAGUGGCGAAGAGACUAACAUCGACCGUCCUCCUCAAGCUAAUGAAGAGAUUAUAGCUGAAGAUUACGAUAGCAAACCAGACGAACUCUGUAAUAAAGAACAUUUUUGGGCAGGCAUUGAGGGCGUAAAUGUGGAUCCGAUAAAGGGACAUAAGGGUUGUCCUAAUAAAUAUAACAUUUACCACGAAUGCUCUAAGUUUUGUGUAAAAACUUGGAAGCAAGGCAAACUAGUACCAGAUGAAACUUAUUUGCAGAAUAAAAAUAAAAUUCUCGAGAAAUGGCCUUUACCGCCAGGAUGGGAGGAAGUUUAUGAUGAAGGAAUUGGACAGCACUACUUCUGGAAUAUUCAUAAUAAUUUAGUAGCUUGGUUGCCUCCCGGUCAUCCUAAAUCGGUUUCCACUGAGAGUGCUGCACAUUUGCGUGAAGAACGUUUAUUGAAAGAAGGUGAUGAAAGUGAUAACAGUAGUGAGGAAUCUGAUCAGGAAGUACCACAACAGCCAAUCAAAGAUAAAAGGCGUGAUCGUCGUUCCGGAGAAAAGCUUAAAGAAUUACAACAAAGGAAAGAUAGGAACAGUAAGCGACAAAAGACUAAAGAUAAUGAUAUAGAUCCCAUGGAUCCUGCAGCUUAUUCAGAUAUUCCUAGAGGGAACUGGUCAGCUGGAUUGGACUCACAUGCUAAGACAGGUGUGGACACCACAGUCUCAGGCCCACUGUUCCAAAUGCGGCCGUAUCCAGCCCCAGGAGCAAUACUUGCAGCCAAUGCUAAGAAACAGACAUCUCCACCUCCAUCACCAUAAAAUUAUUUUAAGUUUAAAUGAUAUUUUGUUAAUACUGUUUUUACUGAGUUGUGAUGUAUUGAGCCGCUGUCGCUGCUUAUUUUAUGAGUUUUGUCUACAAAGUCCAUCUGGUUUAAUAUUUUAGUUUUUUAAAACUUUAUAAUUUUCUCAUUAAUUCAUCUGACUGGGAAUAUAUAUAUUUUUUUUAUUCAUUCAUCAUUUUUCAUUCUUAUAUUAGGAACAACAUUUUUUAUGAUAAGUGCCCCAUUUUUUAAUAUGAUAUUGAAAAGUUGGUUUUAAUGAAUAAAUACACAAAAAUAAA